AUGAACCCUUCCAUUCCACCGUCGACGGCCGAAUAUGGCGGAGAUGAGGUCUCUGCCAUCGUACUCGACCCCGGAUUUUCCACAACCCGCGCAGGCUUUGCGGGUGAAGACACGCCAAAAUCUCUGAUCCCUUCGUACUACGGGAAAUACACCUCCGACGGACAAGAAAAGCUCAUCUUCGGUGAUGAUGUCUUUGUUACUCCGCGCCCUGGUCUGUCCAUUCACAAUCCGAUCGGCAGGGAUGGAAUUGUGGAGGACUGGGAUAUGGCGGAGAAAGUAUGGGAGUACUCCUUCACGUCGCGACUGACGGGGGCAAGGCCCGGGAAUCCUUUCCAGAAUGGCCUGAAUGAUGUCCCGGAUGCCGAGCUGCCUACGGAGAUGGAUGGCGUGGAGGCCGAAGAGAAACCUCUUUCAGAUAGUCCUCUCCUGAUGUCUGAGUGCGGCUGGAAUCCCACCAAAGCGCGAGAGAAAACAAUCGAAAUUGCUAUGGAGAAAUGGGGCGCACCGGCCUUUUACCUCGCGAGGAACGGUGUUCUUGCGUCCUUUGCUGCCGGCAAGGCGUCCGCCUUGGUGAUUGAUAUAGGCGCUUCAAACAUAUCGGUAACCCCGGUGCACGAUGGCAUGAUCUUGAAGCGCGGAGUCCAACAUUCACCCCUGGGAGGCGAUUAUAUCUCAUCGCAGAUUCGAGCGUUCUUCAAAUCGAACACCCCGCAGCCCAUCACCAUCACGCCUCACUACCUCAUAUCCUCCAAGACCGCCGUGGAUGCAGGCCAGCCCCCGCAGGCUAAACUCAGGACAUUCCCGCCGGAGCAAGCUCCCCACGCUUCCUAUCGGGAGCUGCUCGAAGAGCGGACUCUUUCGGAGUUCAAGGAAUGUGUGGUCCAGGUGUGGCCAGGCCCCAACAAGCUUCUCGCCGCUGGUCCAAACGGGGUCUCAAACGAAGAAAUGGCCAAAAGCAGCCCCGGGCGUCCGUUUGAGUUCCCCGACGGUUAUAAUCAAGUCUUUGGCGUCGACCGUUAUAAGGUGGUUGAGUCCUUGUUCGACGCCAAAGCCGCGAUCCAUGAUCCCGAAUCGACGUUCCCCGCUCCGACUCAGGGCCAAACCGUCCCCGAACUUAUCAAGAAUGCGUUGAACAAUGUAGACGUCGACAUCCGUCCUCAUUUGCUCGCCAAUGUUGUCGUGACUGGGGCAUCGACCCUACUCUACGGCUUCACUGAUCGACUCAACCAGGAGCUCAUGCAAACCUACCCCGGCCCACGGGUGAGGAUCUCGGCGCCCGGAAACACGGCUGAGCGUAGAUUUGGCUCCUGGAUCGGUGGCAGCAUCCUGGCCAGCUUGGGAACCUUCCAUCAAAUGUGGAUUUCCAAGAAGGAAUACGACGAGCAUGGUCCCAAUAUUGUCGAGAAGCGCUGCAAGUAG